AUGCCGGCCAUGCUGGAGGAUCCAGAGUCGCCAGUGAUUUACCGGCAAUCGGGACCGGCGCCGUACCCAACCUCAGACAACCCGCAGAUCCCUUCUUCGAUCUUCCCCCGGCCUGUCACUCUCCGCGAUCGCGCUACUGUUGCUACUCUGAUUCCAUUCUUUUCCCCGGAUGCGGUGCCCAAGAGGCUCCUCGGCUACCUGGCCGACAAUCUCAACCAAGAGAUAGAACGUGGCGACACGUAUCCCAUGAUUGACCCUCUGCCCGUGGAAAAAUUCGGCCCUUAUUGGUUUGGCAAUUUCGCGGCGAUUAUGGUUCUCGGCGACAUUGGCGGCGUCGAAGCGGUCGCCGAGAUGGAUCGCAACGGCGCCGACUGGAACAAACUCUGCCUGGGCAGCUUUUACGUCAAACCCAACUACCCUGGUCGGAGCAGUCAUGUGUGCAAUGGCGGGUUUCUGGUCACGCCCGCCGCGCGCAACAAAGGGGUCGGCAAAUCGAUGGGUCAGUGUUACCUAGACUGGGCGCCUCAGUUGGGCUACACAUAUUCGGUUUUCAACCUCGUAUACGAGACAAACACGGCUUCCACCCGGAUUUGGGACUCGCUAGGGUUCAAGCGCAUUGGACGAGUUCCUGGGUGUGGCCACCUGAAGUCGUCCAGCGAACCGGUCGACGCGAUCGUCUACGGCAGAGACCUCAAGGCGGAGGGAGAGACAGAUCAAUCCGAGGAGCGCUUCGACAAGAUUCGCUACUAUCUAAGACAUCAGCUCUAUCCCCAGGGGGCCGAUCGGUCGGAGAAAAGCCGACUCAGGAGUGCUGCGACGCACUAUAAACUGGUAGGUGGUCAGGAGGGGGUGCCGGAAAAGUUGUUUUUGAAGGACAAGGAAGUCAUUUCCGAUCCUCAAGCCCAGUACGAAAUCGCCAAACAAAUCCACGAUCAAGCUCACGGGGGGAUCAAUAAGACCACGGCCAUCAUUGCGACCAAGUACCACUGGAUCCGGAUCAAGGAGACAGUCAGCCAUGUGAUCAAGAACUGCCCGGAUUGCAAGGACGUGAACAAGCCGCCGAUGAUCCGCGCGGAGAACAGACCUGGCCGAAGUAAGACGAUCGACGAGGCUCCGGCCACGUUAUCGGAAGUAAACCAACCCGCCCCGGCGCCCGAGGUGCAGCCCGCGCCCGAAGAGAGCCUGCCGACAAACGAUAUACCCAAUCACGCGUUCACAGCCAUCCAGCAGCCGAUGGAUCUGGCCGGCGAGCACCUCAGCGACCCCAAUGCCCAUCUCCACUCGUACGACGAGAUGGCGAUUGACCCGCAGAUCAUCGAGCAGAUCCAGGCCAUGGCCAACGAAUAUGACCAAAACGCUCACGCCUAUGUCCAGGCGGGCAUGCCUACGUUUGCGGAUCCUUCUCACCUGCAGCCUCAUCACGACCCACACGACUUCCACCCUCAGCCGUCGGACCAUCCAUUUAUGAAUGACACUAACCAGGCCAUGUUAGGCCACGAUCAUGUCAUGAAUGACGGAGGACCAGGGACCGGGCUAAGUAAUAUGCAACCCAUGCAACACGUGCUGCCGAUGGAUUAUAUUGAUCCUUCCUCCAAUCCACCGUUCAAACUGGAGCAAUAG